AUGGAUCCCCUGUCUAUUAUCUCAGCGAUAGAGCUCUGCUUUAAAUAUGGCACAUAUUUGGUUCAAAUAUGCACUGACUUUGCAAAUGCCAAAGGGGAGUAUGCAGAGAAAUUUCUCCGUGUGGAAACUUACUGGAUGAGAACGGAGCUUCAGCUGAAGGUGGUGCAGAGUAUUGCUUCCGAGCUCAGUGAAAAGCAUCGAAGGAUCCAACAUCAGACGAUUGCAAUGCUAGCCACCAAGUUGGAGAUUGCUGUCAACAAUCUUCAAUCCAUCGUCAAGCGUCAUCCUGUCGGGGAACAAGAACUGGGUGUACGUCGGUGGAAGUAUGUGAUCACGAAGGAAAAGAUCGAUAGCACCAUCGAGGAUCUCAAAGAAUGGCAGUCACUUUUUGAUCCAUCGUGGUAUUUGAUUAUGAAGCUCGCAGACAAGCAAGUCGAUUCCGACCUGAGCACAAAUCGAAAAUCUUCUGCCAUAGAUUUUAAAGACCCGAUAGCUCCUGCGCAGUCCCUUAGAAGGGCUCUGGAUCCGACAAAUGCGAAAACUCCACCUGUUCGCCUGUCAGCGGACUUUCUGAUUUCUAUUAAUCCACAAAAAAUCCCAUUUUGCACAGCGGAGGCAGGCCGGAGACCAGAGAAUGGCCAAUCCCUAAUCGUGGAACGAGUGGUACCUUUGCCAGGGGCUAAUGUCGGGGAUAUUGGCAAAGGUAUACGAGAUCUCGCCAGACGGCUGUCUGGGUCUGAUGCCAUGGAAUUUGGUCUCCUUAGCUGCAAAGGAUAUAUCCAACACCGCAACUCCGAGUCCUCUCGAUCUACGCCCAAUGCAUUCACCAUCAUCUUCCGAAUGCCCGCACAGCAGGUUCAACCUCGCUCCCUCCGAGGUUGUUUCCAGGAUAUAAACCACACCCACUCACUCUCCGACCGAUUCAGAUUGGCGAACGAGCUUGCGAAAGCAGUGCAUUCUGUUCAUUUGUUUGGGUUUGUCCACAAAAACGUACGACCAGAGACCAUCUUACUUUUGAAAAGUGAUGAAUCGUCGAUUGGAUCCGCCUUCCUGAUUGGAUUUGACAGCUUCCGCAUGGCCUCUGGUAAAACUUUGCGCAAAGGCGAGGCGUCAUGGGAACGCAGCCUUUACCAACAUCCGGACCGCAUAGGAACGGUUUCCACCCAGGAUUAUGUCAUGCAACACGAUAUUUAUAGUCUUGGGGUAUGCUUGUUGGAGCUGGGCUUGUGGGAGUCUUUCGUGUCAUACGAUGAUUCAAUUCUGGACAGCAAUGGAAAUGCUCCGACACCUACUCGUGGCUCUAUUCUGGGAAUGGACCAAGGGCUAUAUUUCCAAAAGCAUCUUCUCUUCUUGGCACAGGGUGAACUACGGAAGCGAAUGGGGACCAAAUAUUCCGAUGUUGUUGUCACUUGUUUGACAUGUUUGGACCCUGAAAAUGUCGACUUUGGAGAGGAGGCCGAUUUUGAAGAUGAUGAUGGCAUUGAAGUGGGUGUGAGGUACAUUGAGAAGGUGACGAUGAAACUGAAUAGCCUGUGCGUCUGA